AUGUUAACGUUUAAGAAAGAAUUUCUAGUUCUAACUUUAAUGCAAUUAAUUCAUUUUAAUCAAACGGCACUUUUCUAUCCGUCUAACAGCGCUUACGGUCUUUUUGCUGCGAUUGCUGUACCACUGGAUUUACCGCAUCGCAAUGUUUUUGUGUCAUAUAAUUUUGAAGCUAAUUAUAAUUUACCACAAAACUGGGGAUUACCACCAUAUGCGACUAAUCUAGCGGAUGAAGACCUGUUUGACGAUAACGCCCGGCAUCUGAGUGAUGAUGACAAGUGCGGCAACUGCACCGAUAAUCGCGGAGAGAAGAUCUUAAAAAAUUCUACUGAAAUUUUCAACAAGAACGUAACGCAAACGCGUACCGAACGUAACAUCAUACCGUCAUUGCUAACUCGUACCCACUUCUAUCAGAUACUCGUCGAUAAAUUUACAAAUUUUGGUUUUCAAGGUGAACCGUGUUUGCUACGUUUAAUUUGUGAGACAAACUCUUCCGAAUUAGGUAACGUGAACGGUAUCUUAGGCAAUGUAAUGCACGUGAUAUUUUCGCCUUCGACAUCGCAGGACGAAAACCUACCUACAAAGUACCAUCGAGCUGAAAUCGAUGGCUUGGAUGAUCAAUGCGAACGCUAUGCGGAAUUGUGUCAGGAAAAUAUACUGGAUUUUGUAUCCAUACCUAUGCAUAAGAUUAUUGAAAACGUUUUAAAAGAAAAAUGA